AUGUUAUUCACAUUAAUUCUCCAUUUGAAACUUUCUUGUUACAUUUUCAUAAUGUCUCUUCUUUUUCUCUUCACCAAGAGUUUCUCUAUUGUACCUAUGGUUGCAUUGUUUAUACUAUUAAUGUGUGGCCUCCAAAUAACAGGAGUAUACUCUGUUGGGGUAUGUUAUGGAAGAAUGGCUGAUAAUUUGCCAUCAGAAUAUGAUGUUGUAAAUCAUUGUCAUGCCAAUGGUAUCAAUAAAAUAAGAAUUUAUUAUCCAGACACAAAUGUUUAUAAUGCUCUAAGGGGAAGUAACAUUGAAGUCCUUGUUGAUGUCCCAAAUGAACAUGUCAAAACACUAGCACAAGAUCCAAAUCAAGCAAGAAAUUGGGUAAACAAUAACAUAAAAGCCUAUUUCCCUAGUGUUAAAUUCAGGUAUAUCGCGGUUGGAAAUGAAAUCAGCCCAAUAAAGAACGUACAACUUGCUACAUUUGUUGGUCCUGCUAUUGAAAAUGUUCAUAACGCGAUAGUAGAAGCAGGAUUGCAAGAUCAAAUCAAAGUCUCAACCGCGACAUAUUCAGCCUUGUUAACAAAUACAUGGCCUCCACAAAACAGCAUGUUUAAUCCUGAUUGGAGAGGUUUCACUGAUCCAAUAGUGAAACUUCUUAGAGACAACAAUUUGCCGUUGCUAGUAAAUAUUUACCCGUAUUUCAGUUACAUUUAUAAUACGAAAGAUAUACCGCUAUCCUAUGCCCUGUUUACAGAUUCAGGAACAAACUCAGCUGGUUACCAAAAUCUUUUUGACGCGUUAGUCGAUAGUAUGUACUACGCUCUGGAGAAAUCUGGUGCACCUAAUGUGGAAAUUGUUGUUUCGGAAACAGGUUGGCCUUCUUAUGGACACCCUGCUGCAACUACUGAUAAUGCGCGGACUUAUUACACGAAUGUGAUUAAUCAUGUUGGAAAUGGCACUCCAAAGAAGCCUGGAAGGGAAAUUGAGACUUUUUUGUUUGCAAUGUUUGAUGAAAGAGGAAAAGGAGGGGAUGAAACUGAGAGACAUUUUGGACUGUUUUACCCUGACAGGAACUCAAAAUAUGAUCAGUUGAACUUUUGAUAAUUAAGGCCUAAGGGGAUUUAUGUUGCUAUAAUAUCAACAUAAGAGUAACAUAAUAAGGAAUAAUGGUUUUUCAAUUUGCUAGUAAAGAUGUUUGUUGUAAGCUUUUAAGCUAUAAAAACAUUUUAUCAUCUUGUUGAAUCUAUGUUUGUGUUGUGUUUAAGUUUGUAAUAUCAUAAUAAUAUACUUAUUGAUGUUUCGUC